AUGGGGCGCUAUCACGCCCAUCGUCCAAUUUUCACACUGGCUCCCAUAAAACCCUCUCAUGCUCACGAUCUCGGAUAUACUGCCGAUUUAUAUUUCAAUAAGUACGAUUGGUACCCAAUUUCGGCAACAAUCCACAAGAUUUUAGUUCAUUCGGCACAAAUAAUGGAGGCGUCUUUAGUACCAGUUGGCUGCCUAGGCGAAAAUGCAUCAGAAGCAAGAAAUAAGAAAAAUGCACGAAGUAACAAUAUUGUCGAUGUGUUUAAUAGAGCUAUGGAUUCUUCUGACCCUUUGUUAUCAAGUAUCUGCUUAAAUAAUCGUACUAAAACUUUUACUGAACUUUUAGAGUUGCCUGCUGUUCCAGACAAUUUAGACGUGGCUUCUACGUCCCGUCAUGAAGAUGAUGAUGAAAAUUGUAGUUCGGACGACGAUAUAGAGAUGCUCUCUGAAUAUUCUAUUGAGUUAGAAGUUGAUAUUGAACAGGAUUUGGAAUAAUGUAUGGUUAUAUUGUAAUGCAUUUAAAAAAUUAUCUCACAUGCCUGUUAUUAAUGUUCUUCCUUAGACAAAUUUGUAGCUGUCGGGAAAUCCGGUUGUGUUUGCCCGAAAUGCACUCACUA